AUGCUGAGCUCAGUGUGCGUCUCCUCUUUCCGCGGGCGCAAGUCUGGGAACAAGCCGCCGUCCAAGUCAUGUUUGAAAGGGGAGAUGGGCCGGAACGAAGACAACGACAAGAUCGUCAUCAACGUGGGCGGCAUCCGGCAUGAGACGUACCGCAGCACCCUCAAGACCCUGCCGGGCACGCGGCUGUCCUGGCUCACCGAGCCGGACGCCUGCAGCAACUUCGACUACGACCCCAAGGCCGACGAGUUCUUCUUCGACCGGCACCCGCAGGUCUUCGCCUACGUGCUCAACUACUACCGCACCGGGAAGCUCCACUGCCCCGCCGACGUGUGCGGGCCGCUCUUCGAGGAGGAGCUGGCCUUCUGGGGCAUCGACGAAACCGACGUGGAAGCCUGCUGCUGGAUGAACUACCGGCAGCACCGCGACGCUGAGGAAGCCCUGGACAGCUUCGAGACCCCCGACAGCCAGGACGAUGAGGACAGCGGCGACCUCAAGCGCCUCUGCCUGCAGGAGGAUGGGCGCAAGCUGGGUUGGUGGUCCUGCUGGCAGCCCAAGAUCUGGGCGCUCUUCGAAGAUCCCUACUCCUCCAAGAUGGCCCGGUAUGUGGCCUUUGCCUCCCUCUUCUUCAUCCUCAUCUCCAUCACCACUUUCUGCUUAGAGACCCAUGAGACUUUCAACCACUUCAAAAACAAGACAGAAAUCAUAAAGACGGGGAACAGUACCAGCAUAAAGGUGGAUUAUGAAAUGGAGACAGAACCCUUCCUCACCUACGUGGAAGGGAUGUGCGUCAUCUGGUUCACCUUUGAGUUCCUCAUCCGUGUCAUCUUUUGCCCAGACAAACUGGAAUUCAUCAAGAGCACCCUCAACAUCAUCGACUUUGUGGCCAUCCUGCCCUUCUACCUGGAAGUGGGCCUCAGUGGCCUCUCGUCCAAAGCAGCCAAGGAUGUGUUGGGCUUCCUGAGGGUGGUAAGAUUUGUCCGGAUCCUAAGGAUCUUCAAGCUGACCCGGCAUUUCGUAGGACUGAGAGUCCUAGGUCACACGCUGAGGGCCAGCACCAACGAGUUCUUGCUGCUCAUCAUCUUUUUGGCCCUAGGGGUCUUGAUCUUUGCCACCAUGAUCUAUUACGCUGAAAGGAUCGGUGCUGACCCAGAUGACGUAACGGGCAGCAAGCACACCGUCUUCAAGAACAUCCCCAUUGGGUUUUGGUGGGCUGUAGUGACCAUGACGACUUUGGGCUAUGGUGACAUGUAUCCUGAGACUUGGUCAGGCAUGUUGGUGGGAGCACUGUGUGCCUUGGCUGGUGUGUUGACCAUUGCCAUGCCUGUGCCAGUCAUCGUCAACAACUUUGGCAUGUAUUAUUCGCUGGCUAUGGCCAAGCAGAAACUACCAAAGAAAAAGAACAAGCACAUCCCACGAGCCCCCCAACCCGGGUCACCCAACUACUGCAAACCGGACAUGCAGUCCCCGCAUCGCAGCAACCAGGGUGACUCAUGCCCCCUGGCUCAAGAGGAGAUAAUCGAGAUUAAUCGGGCAGAUUCCAAGCAGAAUGGCGAUGCAGCAAAUGCAGCUUUGGCUAAUGAAGACUGCCCUACAAUUGAUCAGGCCCUGUCACCUGAGGAGAAGUCACCUGUCACACCUGGUGGCCGAGAGCGCUAUAAUCGUGACCGAGCCUGCUUCCUCCUCUCCACAGGUGAUUUUGGGCAGUCACCUGAUGGAAACAUCCGAAAAGGCUGGGAACAGAGCAGGUAA